UGCAAUGAGCGAUUCGCAUUGCACUGUUGUGGAGGACCAUCUCUGGAUAUGCACAGCGCAGAUAGACUAGGGAAAAUCCCAUGUAGCCAUAAUUUAACAGACGAAUACGCAGGAAAUAAAGCGUAAGUGAUUUUCCGUUGGUCCAAUCAAGAUCAUUCCAGCAAAUCGACGUAGAAAUGUAGCAGUCGGCUGGAGUGAGUGUGUGUGUGUGUAUGUGUGUGUGUGUGUGUGUGUGUGUGUGUGUGUGUGUGUGUGUGUGUGUGUGUUGUCACUCGGCCAGUAUAGUUGCUGCAUGGCUGUUCCACACCGCUGACGAUGACGUGAAAACCAGAGCCGCCGACUUACAGACCGCUGCUCCGUAUCCACAUACAUGGAGACACAGCCGGUCGUGAACGAUGGAUUGCGGUGAAAAGCUCACAGUUAGGUAGCGGUUUACCCGGGACCCGAGAAGAGUGUGUGACCAUCCACUGCACAGUCGUGUCGCCGCGGAGCAGCACUGAGGAGGAGAGGAUGGAUUUCAGCGUGCUACGGAACCUCAUCAGUAGAUACUGUGUGGGGGAGGAGAACUGGUUGGACAGUCGGACGGUGUACAUUGGACAGAAAGAGCCCCCACCGGGAGCGGAGGCAUACAUCCCUCAGCGUUACCCUGACAACCGCAUCGUCUCUUCCAAGUACACCUUCUGGAACUUCAUUCCAAAGAACCUGUUUGAACAGUUCAGAAGAAUCGCAAACUUCUACUUCCUGGUCAUCUUCCUGGUCCAGCUUAUAAUCGACACGCCCACCAGCCCUGUAACCAGCGGCCUGCCGCUCUUCUUCGUCAUCACUGUCACCGCAAUUAAACAGGGCUAUGAGGACUGGCUCCGGCACAAGGCGGACUGCUCCAUCAACGAGUGUCCGGUGGAUGUGGUGCAGCAGGGGAAGGCGGCCAGGACGCAGAGUCACAAGCUGCGGGUGGGCGACGUGGUGGUGGUGAAGGAGGAUGAGACGUUCCCGUGCGACCUGGUCCUACUGUCGUCCAGCCGUGAGGACGGCACCUGCUACGUCACCACGGCCAGCCUCGACGGGGAGUCUAGUCACAAGACCUACUACGCUGUACCGGACACCAAGGCCUUCAGAACGGACCGGGAGGUGGAGUCAUUACACGCCACCAUCGAAUGUGAACAGCCCCAGCCUGACCUCUACAAAUUUGUGGGACGCAUCAACGUCUACAAGGACACAGAAGAGCCUGUGGCUAGACCACUCGGAUCGGAGAACCUGCUCCUCAGAGGAGCCACAUUGAAGAACACACACCACAUAUACGCUGUCGCCAUUUACACUGGCAUGGAGACCAAGAUGGCGCUCAACUACCAGUCCAAGUCACAGAAGCGCUCAGCUGUGGAAAAGUCGAUGAAUGCCUUCCUCAUAGUGUACCUGUGCAUCCUGAUCAGCAAGGCGGUCAUCAACACCGUGCUAAAGUACGCGUGGCAGUGGUCCCCCGACCGGGACGAGCCCUGGUACAACCACCGCACCGAGAACGAGCGCCAGCGACCCGUGGUGAUCCGGGCAUUCACUGACUUCCUGGCGUUCAUGGUGCUCUUCAACUACAUCAUUCCCGUGUCCAUGUACGUCACGGUGGAGAUGCAGAAGUUCCUGGGCUCCUACUUCAUCACCUGGGACGAGGAGAUGUUUGACGAGGAGCUGGGCGAGGGCGCGCAGGUCAACACCUCGGACCUCAACGAGGAGCUGGGACAGGUGGAGUAUGUGUUCACUGACAAGACGGGCACCCUGACGGAGAACAACAUGGAGUUCAUCGAGUGCUGCGUGGACGGCAACGUCUACGUCCCCCACGCUAUCUGCAACGGGCAGAUCCUCAGCGCCGCCUCCAGCAUCGACAUGAUCGACUCCUCGCCGGGCGGAUACCGGAGGGAGCAUGAGGACCUGUUCUUCCGGGCGCUGUGUCUGUGCCACACGGUGCAGGUGAAGGAGGAGGAGACGGUGGACGGUAUCAAGAGGGGCUUCCAUCAGGGCCGGCCCACCUCCUUCUACAUCUCCUCCUCCCCCGACGAGGUGGCGCUGGUGGAGGGUAUGAAGAGGUUGGGGUAUACCUAUUUGCGAUUGAAGGACAACUACAUGGAGAUUCUCAACAAAGACGAUGAGAUCGAGAGGUUUGAGCUCCUCCACGUCCUGAACUUUGAUUCUGUCCGGAGGAGAAUGAGCGUCAUCGUCAAGUCAAGCUCUGGAGAGUACUUGUUAUUCUGCAAGGGUGCCGAUUCCUCCAUCUUCCCCCGAGUGGUGUCGGGGAAAGUGGAGCAGGUGAAAGCCCGCGUGGAGCAGAACGCCGUGGAGGGCCUGCGGACGCUGUGCGUGGCCUUCCGGCGGCUCUCGCCGGACGACUACCAGGAGGCCUGCCUGCUCCUGACCCAAGCCAAGCUGGCCCUGCAGGACAGGGAGCAGCGGCUGGCCCAGGCCUACGACGCCAUCGAGAGGGACUUUGUGCUGCUGGGCGCCACGGCAGUGGAGGACAGGCUCCAGGAGAAGGCGGCCGACACCAUCGAGUCCCUCCACAAGGCGGGCAUGAAGGUGUGGGUGCUGACGGGGGACAAGAUGGAGACGGCGGCGGCCACGUGCUACGCCAGCAAGCUGUUCCGUCGCAGCACGCAGAUCCUGGAGCUCACCAAGAAGCGCACGGAGGAGCAGAGCCUGCACGACGUCAUGUUCGAGCUGAGCCGCACCGUGCUGCGCCAGCGUUCCAUGUCGGGGUUGUCGGUGGACUGCCUCGACUACGGCCUCAUCAUCGACGGGGCCACUCUGACGGCCGUCCUGAAGUCCGGCCCGGAGGGUAACUACCGGGAGGUCUUCCUGGAGGUCUCCCGCAACUGCAGCGCCGUGCUGUGCUGUCGCAUGGCCCCCCUGCAGAAAGCACAGAUUGUGAAGCUAAUCAAGGCUUCCAAAGAGCAUCCCAUAACCCUGGCCAUCGGCGACGGAGCCAACGAUGUCAGCAUGAUCCUGGAAGCCCACGUGGGCAUAGGAAUCAUGGGUAAAGAGGGACGGCAGGCAGCGAGGAACAGCGACUACGCCAUCCCCAAGUUCAAGCACCUGAAGAAGAUGCUGCUGGUGCACGGCCACUAUUACUACAUCCGCAUUGCCGAGCUGGUGCAGUACUUCUUCUACAAGAACGUAUGCUUCAUCUUCCCCCAGUUCCUCUUCCAGUUCUUCUGUGGCUUCUCCCAGCAGCCUCUGUACGACACGGCGUACCUCACACUGUACAACAUCAGCUUCACCUCGCUACCCAUCCUCCUCUACAGCCUCGUGGAGCAGCACGUCUCCAUGGAUACGCUCAGGAGGGACCCGUCUUUGUACAAGGACAUCACGAAGAACUCUCUCCUGCGAUGGCCGGUCUUCCUGUACUGGACAUGCCUCGGCGUGUUCGACGCCGUCGUCUUCUUCUUCGGUGCCUACUUCCUGUUCGACAACACCACCUUCACCAGCAACGGCCAGCUCAUGACCACCAACACACAGAUGAUGUUUGGCAACUGGACCUUCGGCACCCUCGUCUUCACUGUGCUGGUCUUCACCGUGACAAUAAAGCUUGCCUUGGACACGCACCACUGGACAUGGAUCAAUCACUUUGUCAUCUGGGGGUCGCUGCUCUUCUACGUGAUCUUCUCGCUGCUAUGGGGGGGCAUCAUUUGGCCCUUCCUCAACUACCAGAGGAUGUACUACGUGUUCAUGCAGAUGCUGUCCAGCGGCCCCGCCUGGCUCAGCAUCAUCCUGCUCAUCACCAUCAGCCUGCUGCCAGACAUCAUCAAGAAGGUGCUGUGCCGAGCCAUGUGUCCCACGCCCACCGAACGCGCACAGGGCACUGAGAAGUUGACCCGGGGCCCGGCAGACUCAACCCCGCUCCCCUCUCAUUACCGCUUACUGAAGGGCCACGCCGCCGACUCCUCCCAAAUCCACCUCGGAGUCCCGGAAACGUCGGCGCUGGGAAUGCCUGAGCCCUUCCCUCAGAAACUGCUCCUGGCCCAGCGGCCCAAGGGAGGGGGGCCCGACCUCUGCUCCGCCGUCGGCCCCUGCGUCCUCCGUCUCUCAGGGGCCGGAUUCGCCUACUACGCCCCGGGACCCGAGACCUCAGUGUAAAUGCAAAAAAUACGAACAAUUACGCACACACUCGAAUACACACACAUAUACCGGUGAGACAUGGCGUCCAUGCGUUCGGACGCAAGCUUCUCACCAACGUCUCGUGAGAUGUCCGAUUUGGGAUCCGAGUUUUCAAGGUCUUUUUUUAAUUUUCACCCCAGAGUAUAAAUAGAUAUACCCGGAAAACUGCAAUACAACACAUAAGCCACACUCCGUGCCCGCACAUGGAAGGCGAAAAGCAUGGAACGUCCCUACCCACACGGAGCUCAACAUGUGCAUUCUCUGGCCAACGUUUGCUUGGCCGUCCCUUUAGAGACGAGGUCCCUGGCCUCCCAUUCUCACACACUCGCACCAUCUGGCAACACCCCCGUUGGGGUCCAACCCCUGUCGGUAUGUUCCUGUUCCUCGCCCAGCUAUCUAUUCUACGUGAAGUUACUUGAAAGCAGCUGCUGUUUCGAGAGGACCGAGGGGGAACCAUCCAGUGAAUAUCUGUGGUUCACCCAUGUCAACGUGUCAACAGUUAGGCCCAUGUCUUCUCUUUUACCUCAUUUUUGAUUGUCCUGAUCCCCUGUCUACUUCACUUUAACCAUUUUUGACCAUUACAAAUAUUUAAGUCUGUGGUCCGGCCAAGUAGAAGCAGCAUCCUGGGGUCUGCCCCGUCGUUGUGGGAGUGUUUGUGGGAGAGAGAGAGAGAGUGUGUGUGAGUGUGUGUUUGCAGGUGUCCCUCUGGGUACCUGUAUACUGUAUGAUUGUGCUGUUGUUGUUGAGACACCUUUGCCUUAGUCGUCCCACAGCAGCAGGCUAGGUGCCAAAGGAGACAGAGUUGGAGGUGUCAAAGAAGCCUUACAUAACCCAUCAUCAGCUCAGUAGGGAACAAGCUGUGAAGAGAGGGAUGUACACGUUCUCUAACCAUCCUGCCUUAACUCAGAGGCCCAUUUAUUUUCAAUAUAAUUAAUAUCUACUCUUCUAUUCGUUGACCACUUUUGCGAGUCGAGCAUCGAUGAUUGUGUACGCCGAUCAUCCAGUGACGUAUGUUCAGCUACGCGAUGUCCCUUUUUCUCUUUUUCGUCCAUGCUUUUUGUUGUUGUCGUCUCUUAUUAAGCCCAUCUCUGUUCGCUCACAUUAUCUGCCUGUGUAGGCUGCUUGAUCUGUGUGUUGCAUGCGGCUCAUCUAUUCUUCCCCUCGCUGUUCCCCUGCCUCACGCUCGCAGGCGUCAUUCAUCACCAACUGUAUCACCAUGACACCGCCCCCCCCAUCUCCCCACCCCCCCUUUCCAAUAACAAUGAGAACGUAUACUGCUCAAUGUUGCCUCCCUGUGGCCAUUUAGGGUUUCUGCAGUCGUGUGUUAAUGUUCAUGGGGCGCAUGCUGGAUUGCAGCUCCUUUUGGCCGUUUUUGUCAAGGCUGACAGAGUUGCUACGUGGAUGUCCGGAAUGACUUGAAGUCAUUUGUUGCAUUGUGCUUAAACCUGUCACUUGGUUGUAUGUGUAUGCUUGCUGCUGUGUGCUGCAAAUGUUGGAUGUCGGUUCCCCUAAGAAUGCUUAUGUCAAGCUCCUCGUAUUAGGAGGGGCUUUCUCUAUACUGAAUUGCUCGUUCUGUUUCUUGUUUCCUUUUUUUAUAUACACUGUUAUAAUAACUGUUAUAAUAACAUGACGGUUACUGAUGAUGUCUGGACGUUCCAUUAUAAUAUGGAGUAAGGGUGGGAGGGGGUGUUGGAUAUUGAAGGAGGAUGGGAGGCUUGAAUCAGCGGCGUCACAAUCAACUCUCAGAAGAAGAAGAAGAAGAAGAAGGAAUGUGGAACUGAUGUGUCCAUAUUGUCCUCCAGCCUAAGAUUGUAGCUUGUAGACGACGCUCUUUUCUACAUUUCUAUUAAGAGUCCUUUUCGGCCAAAGCUUGUCUGUCUGUGACUCAAUGAGUAGAGAGAGUGAGACAGUAUGUCUGACUAUGAACCCUCUCUAUAUAUGUGUGUGUGUGUGUGUGUGUGUGUGUGUGUGUGUGUGUGUGUGUGUGUGUGUGUGUGUGUGUGUGUGUGUGUGUGUGUGUGUGUGUGUGUGUGUGUGUGUGUGUGUGUGUGUGUGUGUGUGUGCUCACAACGUUAGCCCCGCAGUCAAGAAACAUCCAGCCAGCUGCAAAACCAUGUACUUAGAUAGAUUGUCUGCCGCUCCCAUUUUGUUUGUGUUUCCUUUCUGCAAAUACUACUGCUCUAGGGUUCAGAGGUCCGGACUCGAUUUUCCGUUGGUUUCUGUUUUUCCACUCGACCUGACACAACCUAUGACCUCAGAGGUUAGCCAGAGAGAGAGAGAGCGAGAGGGAAAUUGGUGCUUGUUAUGCAGUGUUUCACCUCACUAUGGCGUUACGGCCAUACCGUACUGUACACCCCUGAGGUGGCAUGUCACAGAACAAAAGCCCACUACAACCAUGUUGUAAGGUUUAUUUUUAAUACCGCGGAGCAAUGGUGGAACUCAGAUCACUCAAAGACCAUAUAGAUCUAUCUGUAUAGAUAUUAUUUUUCAUUGUUAUUUUUUUAAAUCAUUGUCCCAACUCACGACACACUGUCAUGUUUUGUCCAAGGCGUAACUGUUGCCUCAAUCAGUUCGUCCUCUUGGGUUAUUUAUGUUGGCCACGGUUGUGAAUACUUAUUUUGCACACUUCUGUAUCCUGGAGAUAAGACUAUUUUUAACACUAUUUAUUUAGAAUAUGUAUUUCAAGUUUGUAUCCAAAACGAGAACAAAAUACAUCCCAUGAGAAUAGCUCAAUAGUUCUACACGCACUUUGUUUUAUGAAACAGAUUAGUUUAUCCCCUAAAAGUUAUGUAGAUAUAUAAAAAGAAGGCCUAAUGUUCACAUAUUGGGGUUUAUAUAAGUGUUCACUUUGUCCUCACAGGUUAUUUUUCUAAGAAUAGUAGUAGUGGGCUAAAACAAAUUUACGUGUGACCAAAUUAACUAGGAAUGAACUGUCUCGAUAGGCGUCAGAUAUCGUCCAAUAGGUUUUAAUUGCACCAGCCUUCUUCUGCUUACUGGAAUGUCAAACAGCUUUUUUAAGCCCAUCGGCGCAACCGCGGCAGGUGCUCGUGACGUCACCUGCUGAGCUCAACGACCGCGUUGGAUGGCUGUGCUCUCAGUCGCAGCGUAGAGCGAACUGCAUCCCAUACCUUCAGUACAGUACUGUUUGUAUUACUAAACAGGUUUUGACAACUUUUUUUGUAUGAAAAUUUUAAAAUUAUGUUCAUCUGUUGACUUUUUCCUGUCAGCAUAUCUGUAGCGAAUGAGGGCAAAUCACUGUAUUGUCAUUCUGCCUGUACUAAGGAAGCAAAAUAAAAAAUGAAUAAAAAAGGUCCUGGGUUCUCUCCAUAUAAUUGUCUAAAUUGUAAUGGUUCAACAGUUGCCUAAUUCCAAUUAGAUUAUAUUGUAAAUAAAGCUGUACUUGUCUA